CCCUUUACCUCUUCAACACAGGAAGUUUGGGAACGGCUGCUCUGCUCCUUCCCCGUUUUCAGAAGCUGCCGAGCAGCGCCCCAUUGCAGCCCCGGGGCGAAGGGAGAUGCCCCCGUCGGAGGGAGCUUUCGCCCCGCCGCCCUCCCCAGCCUCCUCGCAGUCCUCCCUCCCUUCCCCCAGCCCGCCUCUCCCCUUCCCCAAUCGGCCUGCCCUUCUUCCCUCCCGGUCUCAACUCCGCAGCCACCGAAACAGUUCCCUCAGAGACCGCGAGUUGCUCCUCUGGGGCUCGCGCACGAGGAGCAGGAGCAGGAGGGAAGACCUGGCCAGACCUCUACCUGCCCUUUGCGCCGCAGGAGGUGACCGCGGAGGGGCGUCCGCUUCCUGGCCCUUCCCCGCCGGCAGAUGUGCGCCUGCCUGGCCGCCGCCUCCCCCCCCCCCGCCGGCGGGACGCGAAGCCCUGGGGCGAGCGCGGGGGCCCUUCGGCCGGAGGGUUACCUGUCCUAUAUUGAUGUAGCCGUACUUGCUAGCUAUCCUGUUGGCUUCUUGGUUCCCGCCGGUUAUCCGCACCGCCCAGUGGUUGGUGUAGAGGCGAGUCCUGCAGGCGGGGAGCAAGAAGCCCAGCCAGAGGGUCAGCAGGCACAGCAGGUCCGCUCCGCUCCGGACUCCGCAGCCGCUCUUCCAGCCCAUCUUGGCGGCGCGCGAAAAGACCUCCCCGGGGGCGCCUUCUUGUUCCGAAAGAAACUUCUCUCCGCUCCUUCCUCUGCUCUUUGCGGGCUUCCCCGCUCACCUUCGCCCGCCGCGGGAACCGAGAGUGACCUCGGGAAGGAAGCCAGCCAGAACUUGGACUCAGCGCAUGGGCGCUCCGAGGGGCUUCAGUGGCCCAGCGCCGCAGCCCGAAGCGCCUCCACGUUGCCCAAUGCUCCUCCAGGCGCCGAAAGUUUGUUUGUUUCUCCAGAAACCCCCGAGCCUCCCGUCCCACUUUCUGCAGCUCCGUCCUUUUCCUUGCGCCACGAGAGUCUCGGGGGAGAAGGAGGGAGGGAGGGAGGGGGCUGCCUCGCGCUUCUCGGGGGCUUUCCUCUCCGCGCUCGGUGCCGUCUCGCUUCCCUUCCCCGUCUCCUCCUCGCUUGUGCAGAGUCGAAGCAGCAGCAGCAGGCGGCAGUGUGUGAGUCUUGGCAGCCGAGCGCCCCAGCUCAGUCAGGCUCGGUCGCCUCCCUCUUCCCCCCCCCCUCCUCCUCCUCGCCGCCCUCCCGGUUCUGGAAGGGGAACGCGGAGAGCGAGUGGAAAUGGCAGCAGCAGCAGCAGCAGCAAGCCGCCUUCUCCGCAUAUAAGAGCUUCUCGAUUCCCCUCCCGUCCGAUGCCCGCCGUCUCUCCGUCUCGCUCUCCUCCGGGCGCACGCCUGGUCCUAGCGCUGCCCGAUUCUGACUCGACUGGGAAGACGUGAGCCAGGCGGGGAGGGAGGGGAGUCGCUUUUUAAAAAAGAGUACAGCCCGGGGUGCGUUUUGGGACAGACAGAGAGGAGCGUACAAGAAAUGCAGUUUACUAGUCUUUUAAAAUGCGGGCAGCUGCGCUGGGCCGCGAGAGAGCGAGAAUCCAGGCAGUAGCAGCAGAACUCACUGAAAGACCCCCUGAAAGUCCCAAGCGGGGAGCGUGUGCUUCAGUUCCACAGUACUCUUCCUGGAGCCUGGUUUAAAAAACAACAGGUGGGGGGGGGGGAGAGAAAUGUAGUUAAAACAAAAGCAAAAUGUUACUAGACAGGGUGAAGAGCUGAGUCUGCAGUAAGGCAUAGUCUUCAAAUGAUGAUGUUUCUUUCCAGAAGCUUUUUGCACCGUCAGGCUGAGUAGUGCUUCCAAACACAUGUUUAUUGUGGGACUGGUGUUCGUCAUACAAACAAGUUUAAAAGCAACACACUAAAUUAUUGCCAGCUAUCCAUUUGCUAUAUCUCAAUGACCCAAUUACAGUGAAGCGCCCAUCUGGGAGUUUCUUACUGAGUUUCUUACGCCCACUAUAUGGGCGUAGCCAGGGUUUUUGCUGGGGGGGGGGGAGAACCUCAUUUGUGUUGAUUUGGGGGGCAGCUGCCUCCCCCUUGGCUAUGCCCGUGGCCCACUACAGAGCUCUUGUGAUAGGGGAAGGCCCUUGGAAAUAUAAAAGCCAGCCGUUUGUUGGAUCUGUUUCUAGCACUAAUUGGAGUACAAAAGCCGCUGAAUGCCAGUGUAUAAUAGUAGAGGUAAAACCAGUUAUUUGUUAAUUUGGUGAUUAGAUUGGCACAUUAAUGAUAGUUUUAAAACAUGAAUUUGUGUUGAAUUGUGAAUUUUAUAGAAGCUUUAUAAACUUCUGUGUUUCAGCUGAGCAAACACGGGAAAUGGCAUGGCAGAAGAUUUAAGGUUACUUCAAAGCAAUCACCAAAGGUUUUAGUUAGUUAAGAAAGUUAAUGAUUAGACAGAAUCAUUAACAUCUUUGGUUUUUGUACACCAGUUUCAUCAUACCCAAGGUUCAUCAACAGUGUCACCAGAUCAGAAGCAAUCCAAAAGCAGUUCAAAAGGAACAGACCAUGAUUAGUUGUUAUGAGGACAAGCUGGUAAGACCCUCAGGCUCUUGCACUCUCCCCUCCUCUUCACACAAAAAGGAAAUGGAAGGUUUCCAUUCCUGGUUGCUUGAAACCAGCCGUUUCUCAGGUUGUAGGUCAGGUGGGCUUCAAUACUGCACCCCUGUCCCAGCCACACCUUAGCCUUUUGGUUGGGCUACUGCCAGCAGCAGCUCUCUACAUAUGCAGUGCUUAGACAGGGUUGAGGCAACUUGAGCGUGAAGCUGUGGCAUAGAAAACUGGAGGAAGAAGAGAAGAAAGGAAAUGGAUAAUGGAAAUCCAGAAUGGCCCUGGGAAUGUGAGUGCAGAUGAAUGGAGAAGUGAAAGGGGUGAACAAACUGAGGGAGAGGAAAUGGAGUGUCCAGGGCUGCACACCUGCCCCUUCUGCUUCAGAUAUACACAUAUCCGCACCCCAGCACUUGGGUCGUCCUUCCUUCUCACACAACAAGGAAGCAUCUCAUUCCUUUUUUGAGGGCAGGACAGGUCCAAGAUAUUUUGCUGCCCGAUGGAAAGAGCCUGGUGUCCUCCUCCAUUCCAUGCACAGAAGCUGAUCCAACUGUACUUCAGCACUGGCAAUGAAGGGCCUUGAAGAUGCAGCCCAUGAUUUGUGCAAGUGCAACAUUUUGAUAAGACUCAAGUUGGUCAUUUUAUGCAGAAAACUGAAUCCCGUCAUAACAUGAGUUACUAUCUUAUAUGUACAGUUGUAUCAAAAAGUUGUGCCAUAAGUUUAUGCUGUUAUGUAUAGAUCUGCUCAUGAAGCCCUGAUGCGACUGAUAUAUAUUUAGAACUAUUAUUGUAAACCAUCUGGGCAGUUUUAGUCUUAUCACCAACGAAGAAGUUUGUUCCAUGACCUCCAACACAAGCACCCACCCACCCCGAUUCAUUUUGGGUAUUAACUGUCUGCUUGUAAUGUUCUUCCAGUACUCCAGUGCAGAUAUAUUUCAAGUAAUCAAUAUGUACACGGGUUCUAAGGAAGACUUUCUGAGAGUUUGACGAAAGCACUCUCUUGAGAAAACAGUUACGACUCUCUUCAUGUUCUACUUCAAAUAUACAACAGCAUUAUCAAUACAGUGACUUUCUCUCCCAUAUCCACUUCCUCCCUUCUUGGUACUCAUAGGUUUUAUUUGUCUCUAAUGUAGUAGAAUUAACCUCAUAUGGAGAAGUGUUCACUGAUGGGUUAAUAACAGGAUGAUUUCAACCACAGUAUGAAGCUUAAAAAAGCAGCAUUCACCAAUGUGUUGCCCUCCAGUUGUUUUGUUUUGAACUGCAGCUCCCACCAACUGCAGCUGUUUUUGAUAUGCGCAGCAACUGGCCAGCAUACAGAGAGACCUAAGCAACCUAAGCAAAGAACGCUGAGGACCAGGUUACUGGGGGCAGCCAUGUGGUGCCCCCCAGAUGUUGUGGGACUACAACUCCCAUUAUCAUUGACCGUACAUUGGCUGCUCCUGAGGUAACUGCAUAUUUCUACGGCUCUGUGAUGGAAGGGCAUGUUGUUAAAGGAGAUGAGUGUCAGGAGGGAAAGCUACAUCUGAAGGGCAAUAUUUGAGCAGUCAAUGUGACAUAAUCCUAAUUAAUUGGGAUUAAUGUGAUUAAUCCUAAUUAAUCACUAGAUAUUAAUAUAUUUUCCAAUUUAUUCCUUAUAAACAAAAUCAUGAAUUAUCCUUGAUUUCCCCCCUUCAGCUUGGAGAACUGGAACUUAUGUCAAGAAUGUGAAUAUGUAUGUAUGCAGUUUACUUCCUCUGGCUGUGCUUAAGAAUGAGGGGAAGUUAUUUUACAUAGCCAUCCCCUUCAAUUUACAGCUCCCCCUCUCUCAGGGAGUCCUGUCCAGGUCAGUAGGUUUGAGCUGGCAUAAGCAAAUUAAGGAUAAUGACUUCUGUGAAAAAUACUUUUGUUUCUGUUCUGUAUUCCCAUCAGAAGAGGAGAUAAAAUAGAGAUGAAUUUUCAAAUGAGUUCAUUCAUAAAUGCUGGCUUUGACAUAUUAUUGAUUUAUCGGGUCUAAGAAUUCUACAGAGUGCACUCCAUGCCAUUAUGAGUUUCCCCAUUGACAGGACUAUAACUUCCAACUUCGCAUCAGCUAUUUUCAUUGCUUGUAUGGCUAUGUGAAACAUCAGUUCAUAAAAAAUAUUGUGACUCUAUAUUUCUUUUUACUUCUUAUUGGAAAUAUAUUCUACUUGAGUUGAGAAAUGGAAGUACAUUUGAGUGACUUUUGAGCUAUAUAUAUAUAUCUCAAGACACCAAGACUUAAAGCAGAAGCUGAGAAUAAAUUUCUUGUGUUUUAAAGCUGAGUAUAUACGUAGGUAUAUUUUGCCUCACAUAAAAUUGUGAUAACCUUGCUGGCUUUUGGUUUGCACAUAGUUUCCUUAUUUAUUUAUUUCCACAAUCUUACAAUAUUUGCCAUAUAUUUAAAGUGCAUUAUUUAAAACACAUGACUCCCCACCCCCCAAUAAUCCCAGGAACUGUAGUUUUCCCUUCACAGCACCUCUAACUACAAUUCCAAUUAUUCUUUGGCAAGAGGGGAGUCAUCCGCUUUAAAUGUACUUUAUAUGUAUGAUGUGUAUUUACAAGAGGGAAAGGGAACUGCUUUGAGCCUGGCAUCUCAUUCUCACGCUCUCACCAUUCACUCCUGUACAAGGGAAGGGGCCUCCAGUCUCCCUAAGUAUUGAGGGCACCUCAGAAUGUGCAAGUGUCAUGUUGAUCCUGUUAGCUUCGCCCUGAUUCUGAGUGACUAAAAAAAUGUGUGGGUGCUUUCCCAUUUCUAAUGUCACCACACUACCACCAAAACUAUGUUAGAGUCAGUCAUGGAAGGUGCCCCAUCUCAUAAGUCCAUCUCAAAGUCACAUUUGGCUGGACUUAACCGUCCAGCGGUCCUUACCUUUUACCUUACCUCAUAAGCAUGGGUGCAACAUUUGGAGGGGCAAAGUCUGUCAGCAAGAAACAAGGGGCUUAUAUUUUAUUAUAAACCUUAAAAUGUUGGCAAUGUUGGGGUUUUCAAAAUUACUGUUAGUGUUUCUUUAACAGUUGUGGGUAAUGACUUUUGUUAGUCUGUACUAGGGAGUAAGGAGGUCAUGUGUGUUGCUGAAGCUGCCUUUCAUCUCAUUCCCUUCCAGGGGGCAAAUCCUCACUCAUUAGCAAGAAGUCUAUAGAAUGAAGACAGCUUGUGGCUUUUUGACCGAGACUGUUCCCAUUUUGAUUGCCGGUCUAGGGAACUAAGUAAAUGAACCGAAGUUCUCCAACCUCAACUAGAGAAGCCACACCAUGCUGAUAGGGAAGGAAAGGAGAGUUUCUGCCGCUCAGGAACAGCAGUGGGUGAAGAAAGGGCAGAGAGCCUGAGGGAGGCAGUGAGAGGGCCAAGGAACAGGGAAGGAAUUCCAAAAGCAGAGCAAGAGGAAAUGACAAGUCCAGCUGGUUGCUUGCGGUCAGGAUCUGAGGCAUAAGUGCUCCUGCACCUGGCUAGCAAGGUUCACUGACUACCAGCAAGGGGAAAAGACUCAUAUAGACAAGAAAAGAAGAAUGACAAAAGAGGGACCCAACCAUCUCCUUUGUGAUCCAUCUACUUCCUGACGCUCCCUAGGCAUUGUUAAGCAAAAGUGAGAUUAAGCAAGGCAGUUCUAGUUCUCUACUGAUUGAUAUACUUUCUCUCUGAAGAACUGAGUAAUUGUCCAACUAAAGAACAUCAUUCCUGAAAUGCAGCAUUACAUUUGUCCAUGUUGUAAAAAUCCUAAACAUAAAUGUUAUGGGACAGCCCUUAAAACACACCUAGACAGGUACAGGCAAAAAUCUAGAGGACUAACUCUGGGCAUUGGUUCACUGAAUGGGAAUAAUGUGUUUCUAGAUUAGCCCAGGGCUGAUCUAGCUUCAAUGACUUGGGCAAUUUUAGAAAACAGAACUGUUUCCCCAAACUUGUCACAUUCUCUGUUUAUUCUGACACCAAUUUUCGGCCAAACUGGACCCCAUCAUGCCCCCUGAUUAUGUCAUUAGUGCAACCCUUCCUCCAAGUGCAGAUAAGCCCUUAGUUGAGUCUUCCAUCCAACCUCCAUUUAGCUGCCAGCUCCAACAGCCAUGGGAGCAGUGAGAGGUCCCUUAGUCCUUGGCUGUACUAGCUCUUUGGAAAACUUAAUUUCUCAGGUCUGCUUGUGCCUGGCAGUUACACAGACGUGUGCUGGACAUCAAAGCCAGGAGAGAACUCCCACUUCUGCCACUGAUGUCUGCAGCCAGAGACUUGUGAAAUUACCAUCACCAUCAACACCACCUCAAAAUGAACACAUUUUCAUGCAGCUGGAAGUGCUUGUUAAA